GAAAACCAUUAAACUCUGAAGUCAAAAUUUUUAAUGAUUACGAUGCUAAAGAGAUUGAGGCUGAUAUCAAAGGCCUCUCACAACGUUUGCGAGAACAACGACUUAAGCGUGGCGCGUUGUCCUUGGGUUCUAUUAGAUUAAACUUUGAACUGGAUGAACACAAUAAUCCUAUCGAAUGCAACGUAUAUGAGCAUAAAGAUGCCAAUCAGCUCAUUGAAGAAUUCAUGUUACUCGCAAAUAUGAGUGUUGCACAAAAAAUAUCUAGUGCUUUUCCCGAGCAAGCUUUACUUAGAAGGCAUGCUCCUCCUAUUGAACGUAGGCUUAAUGAUUUUGUUGAGCAUGUUAAAAGAUUAGGGUAUGAUAUUGAUGUUUCAUCUGCCGGUGCUUUACAAAGAUCUUUCAAUGCUGUUGAAGACAAUAAUGUUAGAGAGGUUUUGAAACUUCUUGCAAUAAAACCAAUGCAAAGAGCUAAAUAUUUCUGUACUGGAACUUUAGACAUUGCAAAAUAUCACCAUUAUGCUUUGAAUGUUCCACUUUAUACACACUUUACCUCUCCUAUUCGUCGUUAUGCUGAUGUUCUUGUUCAUCGUAUGCUUGAAGCUGCGUUAUCUGGUGAAAAACGCUUCUAUCUUGAUAAGGAUGCUGUUCAGAAGACGGCUAAUCAUUGCAAUGUCAAGAAGGAAGCUGCAAAAAAUGCACAAGAGCAAAGUAGCCAUCUCUUCCUCUGUGUCCUUCUUCAUAAUUUGGCUGUACAAUCUGGUCCCGUAAUUCGGGAAGCAAUUGUCAUUGGUGUCAAAGACCAUGCAUUUGAUGUUUUAGUACCCGUGUUUGGAAUUGAAAAGCGUGUUCAUUUGGAUCAACUUCCGCUAGAAAAAUUCAUAUUCAAUGCAGAAACAAAUGAACUAACUUUGCAUUGGAAACAGGGUGUUAAUGUCAAUGACGAUUAUCACUAUGAAUUGAUGGAUGUUUCAAGCCUCCCAAUUGAAGAUGAGCAUCGACUAUUUGAUGAUGCCAACUCAGAUAUUGGCGAAGAUGAUAUUGAUGAUGACGAGAUUCAAGUACCCGGCGAUGAGGAAGAUGAUAGCAAUGAUGAUACAGAAAUUGUGGCUGUGCCUUUAAUGUCUUCUAGUGAAUCCCCUAAAAUGGACAUUCCCUCAGCAGAAGCUCCGUCACUCAAUCAAGCAGCUUCUACAAAAAGUUCUCUACCUAUUGUAAAAAUUACAGAAUUACCACAGUUGCCCAUAGUUUCUGAUCCCACCGUUCCCAACUCUCAAAUUAUUAAAGAACUUUGCCGUCUUCAAGUUGUUAUCACUGCGGAUUGUAAAAAGAGUCCACCCGUUAUUAAAGUUUUGGCUGUUAACCCUUAUGCAUAG